AUGGCCGAUUUUGCCAUAUCAUAUGGCAGUCAUAUGGAAUUCAAAUCAGACCGAGUGGCAGAAAUCAAUAUGGCACAAUGUUUUUCUAUGUGGCAAGAAAACAUGAACUACGGGCUUCAGUUACCAAUCAUGGCUCGUGUAACCAGGUUGGCUGCAGCCAUAAUUUUUCAUUGCGAACUGGAAGAAUUGGAAAGUUUAGAAGAAAAAAGAAAUCAAAGGAAAUUGAAACAGAAGCGCAAGAUUUGGGUUCGUGAAUUUAUCCUGAAAAGAAGUGAAAGAGGCUUUAUGCAAACACUCUAUAGAGAAAUUCAACAAGAAGACCCUCGUCUAUAUAGAAAUUUUGUUCGAUUAUCAUCUGAGGAUUUCAAUUAUUUGCUGCAACGAGUCGCACCAUACAUACGAAAACAAGACACGAUUUUGCGAAAAAGCAUUUCACCUGAAGAAAGAUUAUGUUUAACUCUCCGAUUUUUGGCAACUGGCGAUAGUUAUAAAUCUCUUAUGUACUUAUUCCGGAUUCCAUCGAACACUGUUUCGACCAUAAUUCCAGAAGUAUGCAGAGCUAUAUUUAAUGUACUAAAAGACGACUUUAUGAGUAUACCUGCAACUUCUGCUGAGUGGGAAGAAAAAGCUGAAGAGUUCAACAAACUUUGGAACUGCCCAAACUGCUUAGGGGCAUUGGAUGGCAAGCACAUAGUAAUGCAAGCACCACCAAAGUGUGGAAGUUUAUACUAUAAUUACAAGGGCACAAAUAGCAUAGUGUUGAUGGCGUUGGCCGAUGCAGCUUAUAAAUUUACAUAUAUAGAUGUAGGCUGCCAAGGUCGCAUUUCAGAUGGUGGUGUUUUUAACAGAUGCACUCUGUCAAAGGCUCUUGAGGAAAAAUCGCUUAAUGUACCCAAGGAAACUGCACUGCCCAAUAGAAACGUACCAGUACCAUAUGUGAUCGUUGCGGAUGAUGCUUUCUCGAUGAAGCAUUAUUUGAUGAAACCUUAUCCGUUUCGCAAUUUGAACGGUACACAAAGAGUUUUCAAUUAUCGAUUAUCUCGAGCUCGUCGAGUAGUUGAGAAUGCUUUUGGAAUUCUGUCUGCCCGGUUUCGAGUACUAAGAAAACCACUAGCUUUGAGUAUUGAAAACGUGAAAUUCGUGACCCUAAGUAUCUGUGCUUUACACAAUUUCAUAAUGUGCAGAAAUGAAUCGAGAACUCUUUAUGCACCUGCUGGAACAUUCGAUACAGAAAAUAGCGAUGGGACAAUAAAUCAAGGUUCAUGGAGAAACGAAACACCAGAGGGAAGCAUGAUCGAGAUGAACAGAAUUCCUCCAUCUAACGUGCCGAAUGAUGCCAAACGAAUCAGAGAAGAGUUUGAAAAUUACUUCGUUACAGAUGGAGAAGUUCCAUGGCAAUAUAAAUUUAUUUAA